UGGAGCUUGGACACAAGAAAAGAAUGGUCCUUCCCUUGCGAGGAAACAACACAAGGAAGAACCGAAAAGAAUUUCACACGACACCAGAGUAGUCAUAUACUUACUUGUACACCAUGUCCAUGGCUAUAGCAUCAUUUCAACAGAGCUUCCUAACCAACGCCCUCAUCACUCCAUUACUCCACAAACCCAAAACGAAUUUCUUGAACUCGGUUCCCAUUGUCUCAUGCAACUACUCCCGAGAUGACCAAAAAGAUUCUUGCAGCAGCAGGAAAACUGUGGACCAAUUGGCAAAGUUUGCCGUGGUGACACUAGCUGCUGGGGUGCUUGCAGUGGGGUCUGUUGGUGAUGCAUCAGCUGCCAAGUCUGGUGGCAGAGUUGGUGGUCAAGCCUUCCGGUCAUCAGCUCCUCGGUCAGCUCCUAGAAUCAACAAUAAUUCGAGGACCAAUAUAUAUGUCAAUCCACCAGUGGCCCCUCCUUUAGUUGGUGGAUAUGGGUAUGGCUACGGUGUACCAUUCUACGGUGGCUGGGGCUGGUCUCCAUUUUCAUUCUUUGCACCAGGUCCUAGUGUUGCCGUUGGCAUUGGAGGUGGGUUUGAAACUCUUGUAUUCUUUGUGUUUAUUGGUGCUAUGGCGGCUGUUGUCAGGAGGUUCUUUGGAUCAAGAGAUGAAGAUGACUACUGAUCACAAGAAAAACUUGUUGGUACAUGUAUGAGGCUAUACAGAUGUUUUAAUGUUAGUGACCAGGACAAUGUAGGCUGGCGGCCAAUGUUGUAAUUUUGGAAACAAUCCUGUGAAAUGCAAAGUAUUAUGCAAUGUUUCUUACUGCA